AGCUACCUGGCCGGAGCAGAGUCCCCGGGAGCUGGGGCUGCUGGAUGGAAAAGCGACCCCCCCUCCCCCGCCGCCCCACUUCCCGGGGAUCCGGGCAGACAGCGGAUCUGGGCUGGGGGCAGCGCGCCCUUGGGAUUCGCACCGCGGCGAGAUUGUAAGCUAUUGGGGGCAGUGACCAUCUCUCACUAUUCUUGGACAGGGUUACUGGCUUAGCAGUGACAGGCUGGGCGGAGGAGGAAAUGCUUCCUGAAUGGGGCUGAAACCGCAGCCGCUGGAAUAUGCAGCCCGGGGGCCUUCCUGGCAGUGCAAACGCAGUGGCCUGCGCCAAGGAGCCGAUCGCCACGUCGCGUGGGGGGGCCACGGCCGGGAGGCAUGGUGACAACUUUCAAGGUCGCCGUGCUUGGGGCUCAAGGGGUUGGGAAGAGCGCCAUCGUCCGCCAGUUCCUCUACAACGAGUUCAGCGAGGCGUGCGCGCCCACCAAGUCACGGCGUGUCUACCUGCCGGCCGUGGUCAUGAACGGCCACGUGCACGACCUACAGAUCAUGGACUUCCCACCCAUCACAUCUUUCCCAGUUAACACACUGCAGGAGUGGGCGGACGCGUGCUGCAGGGGGCUUCGGAGUGUCCACGCCUACAUCCUAGUCUAUGACAUCUGUUGCUUUGACAGCUUUGAGUACAUCAAAACUAUUCGACAACAGAUCCUAGAAACGAGGGUCAUUGGCACCACCGAGACCCCCAUCAUCAUUGUGGGCAACAAGCGGGAUCUGCAGAGGGGCCGGGUGAUUCCCCGCUGGAACGUCUCCAACCUGGUGAAGAAGACCUGGAAGUGCGGCUACAUCGAGUGCUCGGCCAAGUACAACUGGCACAUCCUGUUGCUCUUCAGCGAGCUGCUCAAGAGCGUGGGCUGCGCCCGCUGCAAGCACGUCCACACCGCCAUCCGCUUCCAGGGGGCACUGCGCAGGAACCGAUGCACCAUCAUGUGAAGCCUGUGCUCCCAUGACUGCCCCCAGAGACCCUUUUGUAAAACGGAGGGGCGGGCACAGGAGGACGCGAGCAGCUCUCUUGACAAAGGAAGCCGUGUCAGGGAGGGUGCCCAGCUCUCCUGGAUGAAGCCUGAGAGUGAGCCACCCUCUGCCCUGCCUGUCCCCAGCACAUAGACGGCACGGCCGAUUCAAGGAGGCGGCGUCAUGCUCCAAAGUGCAAAAGGCUGUUAGGCGCCUUCCUCUCCUCCCACCUCUGCAUUGGAUCAUGGACUGGAUGAUGUGGUGUCCAGCGAAGAAGGGAGAGGGGCAGCUUGGAGAGAGCAGGGAUGGGUGAAGUAUCGCUGGUUACCGUGCAGUUGGGGGGGGAGGGGGUCUUCUGCCGUCUCAGAGCAAGACGGUUAUUACCUGCCGCUUGGUUAUUACCUGAGGAUGACCUAGUCUGGACAAGUGGCAGAUUUGUAUGGGUAUCCAUCUGUAAUGCCAACGGCCUACCACGAGGUGUGGCAUGGCAUCCCCUGCUGCCUUGGUAACCAGAGAUGUUUUCACUGCAAACAGGGAUACAAAGACCCAGUCAGCCUUAAGUCAACAGGUCCUUCACCCUUGUGCCAGGAGAGUAGCAUGGCAUCAGGGAAGCUGAACCCUCCCUUCUUUUGCCCAUUGGAUCAGGGACAGAGCAGCCUGACAGCGAGAGGCAUGGCUGAAAUGGAUUUUUUUAUUUUUUUAUUUCAGGACAGAAUUUUCAGAUGGUUCAACACCCCCCUCCCCCCUCCCAACUGGUCCUUCCUCCCCUGUUUCCUUCCUGUGUUGUGUUUCUACAAGCUCCGAACCUUUUUUUAAAUAUCUCAACAGCGUGAGCGCAUGUCUGAGGCUUGCCUUUCUUGGCAUGUGCGUGUUGGCGUGUUCAUUCUCACGCGUGUGCUGUGCACGAAUAGCCCCUCCCCCCCUUCUGCUGACAAGACACCCGGGUUUGGCAGUUAGCUGCAUCAUUUUUGUUCUUCCUUUUACAUGGAUUUUUUCCCCCCAGCACUAGGUUGAAAGCAAAAUGAUCCUGAAAUUCUAGUGUUAGUUCCACCAUCCCUGCCCGACUCCUAUCUGACUGUACCAGAUUUGCUGGACAGGCACUGGAGUUCUACCUCUUGUUGCUGGAGCUGACCACUGUCAGUUUUGUACAGAUUUAAAAAUGAUCAUCAUAAUGAAACCAAACUAGACAAUGGCCUCCUUGAAGGAUAACUAAAAUACUGUAUUGACCUGUACCUAGUGUUUGAGAAAGAUCCUACAGCUAAUAUAAACACGAUGGUUUCAGUGCUCAAGGAUCUUUUGCGCUCCUCUGUGUAAAGAGGCAUAAGCAUAAAUAAGUAUCAGGACUGAUGGUUUAUAAAUUGAGCCGACCCAAACACACCUACAUCUUACUGUCAUGGCAGGAGAGAUCAAUGAAAACUGAACUUCAGUUAGAAACGCCUGUUUUCCACAGUUGUUUUACCAUAAUUGACCUGCUAAAUUCACCCCAACUUAAGGCUACUUUGCAAAGAUUGGCUGACAUUUCAGAUGUCAACAUCUCCGUUUAUAUGCAAGUAUGUACAGUUUCCGAAUAGGCAAGGCUAUCUCCUUACACUGUUUAAAAGGGCUGAUCGGUAGCUGCAGUGGAUCUCAGCUUCGUUCUCACACACACAUUUCCCCCCCCCCCCCCGCCCCCGGGAUAGCCGGGGGCCGUUGUAAUAGAACAAAUGAAACCUGAGAGGGAGAGUUCUGUGUUCAGGCUUUACUAGAAGGAGGUGCUGUGAUACUUUAUACACUGUUACACUUUUUGGAUUCUUCUAUUACUUUUGUCCUAGACAAUCUUUUCCCUAAACAUAACCCUGGCCAGAAGCCCUCGUGCCAUCCAAUGGCAGACUCCUGAAUUACACUAUAGCAAGGCAGUCAAGUUGUUUAAAGGUGACAUUCAAAAAAAAAAAUGAGAAAUUGGAUUUGUGCCUCCCCUCACACACAUUUUUUUUCUUUUGGCUAAUUUAUGAUUGAUAAGAGGUCUGCCUUUUUAAAAAAAAAAUGAUUUUCUGCUUGUUUUAUAUUUUAGAAAUAUAGGUCUUGUCUACCCUAUUUUUCCUUGUCUACCCUGUUUUUCCCCUCUUUAACUUGCUCAAACACAUGAGAAACUCUUGGGAGAAAAGAUUUCUUGGUUAAAGUUUAAGGGAGGAGGAAGCGCCCAAUCCAUACCUGAGACCAACAAGUUCUCCAGUAAAAUCAGACCUGCAGCUUCUAAAGGUUAAAAAAUGUUUAAGCCUUCCUUAUCUAUAAUAAAACAAAAAGCCCAGUGUUUUCCCAUUGGUAGGUCCCAUUUCACAGUAAUGCUAUUACUAUCUUGGUAACACUUUUUAUUAAGAAGUCAUUUCUAAAAAAAAUGAACUCUAAAGUUUCAUUUUUAUGACCAAAUCCCUGGAAUCUUGCUGUCAUAAUCACCAAAGUCACUUGCUGGAAUACAAACUAUAUUGAGAGCACUUUUGCAAUGUGAUAGGCUGUGAUUUAGCUGUCUAAUUACCAUUACCACUAAAACGAGGAGCAUUGCUAAGUCAUUAUCCACUGUGCUGAAAUUGUAUGCCGUGUACAGUUAGGUUUGCAAAAUGGAAUGCCAUAUAACAUGUAGAGAGAGAACUGAAACAAAUCUUUGGCUACCUAGGUACUUACACCAUAGCCACUUGGUACUUCACAGUAACAAUGGGUAAUAAAUCCUCCUGCUCCAAAAACACAGGCCUCCAUCACUUGAGCUAAAGGCAAAUCUCUAGUAUCAAUAUAGGCUCUAUGACACACAGCUGAGUCCAGCCAGUAAAGAGUAGUAGUACAUAUUCACAGCAAUCAAUACAUUACUCUAUGAAUAGUCAGUUGUAAAUUUUAGGCUUAUGAUUCUACUGAGACUUUGGAGGACUUGGUCAUGGUUUGUGACAUCAGCAGACCCUUUUGCUGGAAUUGUAAUUCUAGAAUUAACUGUUGCUUGUUAUUUAUCCUGUACGCUGCAUGUACUACAAUGUAAUAACAUGCUUUGCUACAGGUGGUUCUAAUAUCAUCUCUUUGGUACUUCGUACUUAUUAACACAUUAUGUCCAUAUUCUUGUUCGCUAGCCAGCUUUAUCCCUUAAACUUUUUUAAUAAGAAAACUCAUUUGCAAAUGCUAAUAAUAAAGCAUUUAUAAAUGUGCUAUAAUGUAAAACUAUCACAUCUUAAGUCAAUACAUAGAUUACUAUAACCCUGUAUCCUGCAGUUUAUAACAGAAAUUGGUCUAAUAAAAGAUAUUACCCCACCCACCUUAUUUUUCUAAUAUCCUGGGACCAACACAGCUACAAGACUGCAAACAGUUUAUAACACACUUAGUUAUAGGUUUUAUAGCACUGAUUAAGUAUUUUGAAAAAUGUUAUAAAUGUAAUUAUAUUCUACAGUGACUCAGAGAAAAUUAUAUUAGUAAUAAUAAUACUUCUCAUUUAUAUAGCAUUUUUCAGCUUCAGAGUGAACUGCAGCUCCAAACACUGAAUCCUCACAAUAGUCCGGUGGGGUGUAGUUAAUUUACAGGUGGGGAAAUAAGGUAGAAAGCUCAAGUGAUUUGCCUAAAGCAACAGAAAGAGCUCGUAGCAGAGCUGGGACAUGAAUUGAGGAAUUCCAGGCUUCCAAGCCCACGCUCAGACCCCAAGGUAGUAUUGGUUGGUGUCAGUAUUGGGCUGUGAAGCCACAAAACAAGAGGGAGAAGAUGACAAGCGCAAUAGCAUUUUUAAUAAAUAUUGUAAUAACUAAUCACAUAAUUAUUUAUGAAUUAACCUAUUUCUAAAAAUACCCUUAAUACAAAGUGUUACCGUUCUCUUUCUUUAAACAAGGUUCUAAGAAGGAACAUUUCCCCAUAUACAUUUUUACACACACAAUUGUGCUUCCUUGGCAGGAAAAUUGUUCCCAAAUCUUCCUGGUGAGUGUCUUCCCUGGGAGGGCUCAGGAGAGAGCCACAUUUCUCUCUGCACUGUGCACCUGUUAUUCAUUGGUCUACAUUGGAGGAAAUGUACGUGAAAGCCUCUAAUUAGGAGUCUCUCUCUCUCUAUUCCCUCCCAUCCCUGCCCCCAGAUGUUCUUCAUCUGACCUGUUUAGUUUGGGGGUUUCUUGGACUUGGUUUUCCACUUCCCCUUGGAUUUCUUGUUGGAGAUUCCCAAUGUGUCUGUAAAGCCUGUAACACGCUACACUCCCCGUUAUCUGAAAUCAGAUUAAAAUCAGGUGCAUUUCCCCUU